AUUUGUGAUGAUAUGUUUUUUUCGUGAGAGGCAUUGUUCGCUUUAGACAACAACAAAAAUAAUUUUCAAAUUGCGUAUAGUUAAUAGCUGUUAGUUUUAGGCUAUAUUAACCAUCGGAAACUACACAAAAUUUAGACGUUGAACGUGAGGAAAAUGGGUGGCGUUUGGGCUGUUUUGCUGACGUGCUUAUGUGCGGCUUUCCUGCACGAUGCUUCUGCCAUUCAUUGUUACAGUUGCAUUCAUCUGGCGUUUUCCCCGGCCCCACCCCCUGAUGUACCAAACUUCUACAAGAACCAAUAUUGCAGAGAUUUCAGCAAAAAGACCCAAGUGUACGCUGGAGAUCAUUGCCCUAACGAUGACAAAGAAUACGUUUGUGGGAAAGUCAACGGGACAUACACAUUUGAUGUUCCAGGCAGUGGAACAACCAACGUUCAGGCGAUUCUCCGUCGCUGUCUCGUCAAGCCUGCGGGUUAUGAUGAAUCCAUAACUAAGAAGGUUUGCUUCAGAGAUGACGCACAGGACAAGGCGUCCCAUGACAUCAGUCUGAUCGGCGGGGAAUCUGAGGGAUUCGGAACUAUGACCAGGUUCAGCGGCGAGGUUUGUUACUGCAGUGACAACAAUUGCAACGCAGCCGCCAAGCUUGGGCAUAGUGUGGUUUUCACAGUCAUACUGGCGACAGUACUAGCCACUCUGAUGAACUGAUCGGUUGGUGGCGCCCUUUACGUUUAACCGCUCGGAGCAAGUUUGAUUAAGGGACAAAAGUUGACUAUAGACCUUUAUCACGCUGUCACAAUCUUGGACAUGUUCCCUGUUUCCAUAACAAUAUUGAAUGCUAACAUUCAUUGGACAAACAUGGCACCAGAUUAUUAUUUCCAUUGGGCGAUUUUGACUGGUACCCAGGAUGUAUUUCAUGCGUAGGUUAACAUGGGACAAUGUUCCUUAGGUUACCAUGGAACAUUGACUAGUGGUUGAACAAAUGGGCGCAUGAUCGAAUUUGCUCUCGGGUGCGCUUUCGUAGUUGUAACCAAUAACUGUUUCUGUCAAUGGCCAUAUAUCAAAUAAUGG